AUGGUGAGAUUUUCAUUUUAAAUUAUUAAAAAUCAAGAAACUCCAAAUAUCGUUUGCUCCUUUGAUAAUAUUAGAUAUAUUUUCAACCUCCCUGAUGGAUUUUAAAGAUUCACAAAGGAUAAUUAUGUCAAAAUCAACCCUGGACCUAGAAUAUUUUUUACAAGAUUAAGCACCCAAACAACAACUGGUUGUUUUGGAUAUUUAUCAACAUUAUUGUAGUAAAAUAGUGGAAUAAGUACAAAAAUUUAUGGACCUAAAGGGCUUUGUAAAUUAAUAAAUAUGAAAAGAUUUAAUGAAAUAGGAGGAUUUAAAACUUUACCUUAUUCUGUUUAAGAGUUUAAUGGAAAAUGCUUAUUAGGAACAAAAGAUAUGAAGUUAAUUGAAGAAUUAAUGAAACAGAAUGAUUGCAAGUUACAAGAGUAUCUUGAGAAAAUUAAAGAACAUAUUAUUGAUCCAAAAGAAUCUAAUAAUGCUUCCAUCUACAUGAAAAAUUCAACAUUAUUUAAGGAUGAAAAUUUAGAAAUAUAAGCUAUUGAGAUAAAUGAUACAAUUCAAUACAUUAUUUCAUCAUUCCCAUAACCAGGAAACUACAAUAAAGAAAAAUUAUCAUAAUUUAAUGUUCCAACAAACAAAAUGCAAGAAAUGUAAAAAAAUGGUAAAGUUAUUUUAGAAGAUGGUUAAAUAAUUACAAUCGAUUAGGUUAAAGAACCUAACAUAAUUCCAUAGAAAGCAAUUAUAUUGGAUAUUGCAAAUCAUGAAUAAAUGUAGAAAUUGAUAUGUAAUGUAGAAUUCAAAAAGACUCUAGAAUAGUUUAAUUCAUAAUAGAUCAAUUUAGUUGCUAUUUUUCAUUUAUCUCAUUAAAUUUAGGAAGAAUAUUAUAAAGACUUUAUUAAACAAUACUCAAACUUCAAUCAUAUUUUCUGUAACUAUUAUAAGGAAGGUAAUGAUAAUAUUUGUUAAGCGCAUAUGAAAAUCUAACCUUUAUCAGAACUUUUAUCAAAUUUUUUACAUUAAUCGUUUCCUUUUAAUUUUCCCCAUAUUGAAUAGUAAAUAUUAAAACCAAUACCAAAAGAUUUUCAAAAUUUAAAUUCGAUGUUUGGUUACGUUCCUCUUUUUGAAUAUGUUAUUCUCCCAAUAAAAUAAUCAGGCUAUAGACCAGUGUAAAAUUUUUCACCAAAAGUCCUCUCUCAAAUGUUUACAAAUAAUUAAUUCAAAAACUUUGAAUAAUAAUUUUUAUAAAAAGCCAAAGAUCAUCUAAGAUUAAUAUUUUUAGGUACAUGUUCGAUGAAGCCAGGAUAGUUAAGAAAUGUCUCUGGAAUAAUUUUGGUGAAUGAGAAAUUAAAAUCGAAUAUUAUUUUAGAUUGUGGAGAAGGAACAUUUAAAUAGAUCAGCGAUGAAAAUAUAGUGCUUGAUGAUAAACCACUGAUUAUUUGGAUAAGUCAUGCUCAUAGUGAUCAUCAUUUAGGUUUAUUACAAAUUAUAUAUAAUUUGAGUAAUAGCCAUUAGGAUAUAUAUUUAAUUGUGCCUGCAAUAGUAGUACCUUGGUUGAUAUUUUUCAAGGAAAUUUUAGGAGAAUAAUCUAAAUGGAAAAUUAUUGUAUCAUAAUAAUUUGAUGAAGACUUUAAAGAUGAUGUGAAUUAACUAAUUAAAGAUUGUUUCCACUAAUGUAGAAUUAGAUAAGGCGAAUAAGUAUAAAUAGUUGAAAAUUAAAAUUUCAUCAAAAACUAUGAAGAUCUUGUCAAUUGCUUAAAAGAUUAAUUUGAAUUAGAUUCGAUUAGAGUUACACCUGUAGAGCAUUGUCCAUAAUCUUAUGGAGUAAGAUUAAAUCUAUGUGAUGGGAGAUCUUUGUCUUAUUCUGGAGAUACAAGGCCAUGUGAAAGAUUUGUAAAAUUAUCAUAAAAUGUUGACAUUCUAAUUCAUGAAUCUACAUUUACGGAUGAUUUGCAAGAGAAUGCACUUUAAAAUAUGCACUCUACGAUUUCUGAAGCUGUUAAAGUUGGUAUGCUAGCUGAUGCAAAAGUUAUUGCCUUAACUCAUUAUUCUCAGAGAUAUUCAAGAUAGAUGGAAAUUAAUUAAGAAAUUUUAGGCAAUGAAAAAAUUGUAUUUUCAUGCGAUCAUUUUGGAGGGUAUUUAAAUGAGUAUUCAACAUUAAGCCAAAUAAGUAAAGAGAUUAUUUAGUUAUUUAAUGAAUGA